AUGCCGAGGAGCGACGUCGCCCACCCCCGGAGGAAAGCUCAAGACCAAUUGAGACAGAGAGUAGAUCAUCUCAAGCGCUGCUCGAACGGUGAAUCACAACUAUCGGCGGAGCCGGUUGUGCCAUCGGUGACCCUAUCAGUGCCAAGCUCAUCUAUAACCCUGCCACCAUGGGAAGACAUAGUACCCAUCGCAGAGUUAUAUCUGCUGUACUGUGAUUCUCAACCACUUCCUCUAUUUUAUCGAGAGAGCUUUGUUUCCAGUCUUCGUACACGCGAUGCUGAGGUCGUCUUUGCUAUGCUUGCACUAGCCUCUCGGUUCUCAUAUACUCAUUAUAGCAGCAACGACCCAGAGGGCCUUGUCAGUGGUUAUGCCGAAGUUGCUCGAGGCCUUGUCAUGAAGAGAGUAUCAGAGGGACCGGUGGAGCUCUCCACGCUUCAGUGCCUUUGUCUGCUGAGCUUGGUAGAUUUUACAAAUGGUCACACGCAUCGCUCUAGCGUUCACAGUAGUCUGGCAAUGAAUCUCGCAAGGUCUGCCAACCUUGGCCAAGAGCCACGCUCACCAGUGAGCAAUUUGGCUCGAGAAGAACGCAGGCGUUGCUUCUGGAGUAUAUGUCUUCUCAAACGGCUACAUGGCGGCGACUUUUCUAUCUUGGAUAUACCCGAAACGGGAGGUCCUCCCUUUCCCCAGAGUCCAGCUCGUCCAGCAUCCUAUCUUUCUCCUGGCCCACCAACCGCUGAAGCGCGGCGAAGCGAUAUGAAAGACGAAGGGAUCAUUGCGUAUGUGGUCACCCUCAGUGAAGUGUUUGCAAGAGCAGCGCGUUACGUUCGACAUCAUGGUCGACCGAGCAAUGUCCCACCCUGGUCUCCUCAUUCUGAGUAUUCCAAGAUUCUUGCUUUACAAAUGGACCUCGAGACUCGGAUGCCAUACAUACAUCGAUUCAAGCCUGCAAACCUCGGGGAAAGGUCCUCUGAUGAGUUACAGACCAAUCGCGAAUACUGGGGACCGUGGUUCUUGAAUCAAUUCAUGUAUCACACCAGUCUGUGUCUUUUAAACCACCCACUUUUGCUUUCACUGAGUCUUCGAAACUUCCGAAGUACCAUUCCAGAGAUUUUUCUCCAACACACCUCGGAUUUGAUCUCAUCUCAUACAACAUGGAUCAUUCAUUUCAUCAACUACUUUGGAGAGAAGUCAUUCUUGGUGUCAGACCCUUUGCUGGGAUAUGGUGCUGCCGUGGUUGCUACGAUUGAGCUGCAACUCAGUUUCACGGAUGACCUGGCAAUCAGGGAACAAAAGCGGGAACGGUUUACCAAAUGCGUGCAGUUCGUGCAACAGAUAGGACAAAGAUGGCCUCACAUGGCUCGAUUGGCACACAAACUCCAGCGUCUAGAAGACGCCGUCUCCGCAACCUAUCAAUCAGACCCAGGGGCACAGAACCAAAGCCUCCUAAUUGAUCUCUCACGAUUCUGGGAAAUCCUCGAGUAUUCUUCCAACAGCGACAUGAAGUCUGCUCGGCGUCUAUUUGGAGAAUCUUUGUACACCGGGUCUUCUUCUGCAGGGGGAGAAGUAUCUCAGACAUCUCCUUUACCCGCGCCUUUCCGAUUAUCUGCCCAGGAAGAAGGCACCCCAAACUUUCGAUCUCAAUCUUUCAGCGGCAAUGCGACGUUCCCAGGCCAGGACUAUGCCAUCAACUCCUUAGUCUCACCCCAGCAGCUCACUCUGUCAAACGACGAGUUCUCCAUUCUUGCUGCAAACUUCUUCUCGCAGGGCCAAGAAUUCCUUCGCAGUGGGGACAAUUGGGAUGAUGUUGGGAAUUUCUAA